UCCAAUAUUAUUAUCACCUUCUCGUAAAUGCCUAUUACAAAACCCGUAAAAAAAUUUCUUGGCGACACGUUUUCUUUUUCUUGUUUGGGCGUUCCUGGUGGGAGGAGAAAGAUAAGAUGGCCAAGUCUGCUUGGUUGGUCCAAAGAACAAAUACAAAGUCUAACGCUUGGUGGGUAAUAAACUUUGAAGAGAGAGAGAGAGAGAGAGAGAGAGAGAGAUGGCACCGGUGAUAGGUGGAGAGGAGCUGCGAGCGCACUUGGGGAUGACGAUGGUUCAGCUCUUAUACGGAGGCUACCAUGUGAUAACCAAGAUGGCCUUGAACGUGGGGAUGAACCAGGUUGUCUUCUGUGUCUACAGAGAUCUUGUCGCUGUUUCAAUCCUCGCUCCUGCUGCCUUCUUCAAAGAAAGAAGAGUCCGCCCUCCACUAAAUGGACGACUGUUUUUUUCAUUUGUCUUGCUAGGAUUUACAGGGAUUUUCUGCAAUCAACUCUUGUUCCUGCUUGGCCUUAGCUUCACAAACCCUACUUAUGCUGCAGCUGUUCAGCCUGGUAUUCCAGUGUUUACAUUCAUUCUGGCUGUUUUUACUGGAGCUGAAACAGUAAGAAUUCUCAGAAAAGAUGGUCAGGUAAAAGUUGGAGGGACACUUUUUUGUAUUACAGGUGCUGUUUUAAUGAUCUUUUAUAGAGGCCCUGCUCUUAUUGGACAUGAUGGUUUUAAGCACGUGUUUCCGAGUGGGAUAAGCACACUUAUGCAGCCAGGGCCUGUUGGAAGAUUUGCAUCUGCUGGUUUGGUGUAUUCUGAGCUUAGCCUAUGGCACAUCGGUGUUGUGUGCUUAAUUGGAAACUGUUUUUUUAUGGCUGCUUAUCUUGUCUUGCAGGCUCCAGUUCUGGUGAAAUAUCCAUGCAGCUUGUCUUUGACAGCAUACUCGUAUUUUUUUGGUGCUGUCUUCAUGGUUUUGACAGGACUGUUGACAGUUGAGGAUCAUUCUGCUUGGAUAAUGACUCCAUCUGAAACUAUUGCAAUAGUCUAUGCUGGCAUUUUUGCAUCUGCUGUAAACUAUGGGGUUGUGACAUGGUCCAAUAGGAUUCUAGGACCAACAUUGGUGGCACUGUAUAAUCCGCUCCAACCUGCUGCAUCGACCAUCUUAUCAACACUUUUUCUUGGGAGCCCAAUUUAUCUUGGAAGUAUUAUUGGGGGCGUAUUGAUCAUCUCUGGCUUGUACCUAGUUACUUGGGCUCGUUACCAAGAAAGCCAAGUACAAACCAACAUUCCUUACGCCAAUGAAGCCGAGCCUCUUCUUUGUGGUGAUCCAUCAAUCAUAAAGACUGCAAAUGUUUCUUCUGAAUCUUCUGUUUAAUUCCUGCAGCAACCAGAUAUGCCACAUGAACUAUUCUAUUCUACGAAUUGCAUGGUAUAAAUAUAGAACAAAUUUGCUAGUAGGAGCUCUGCUUUACACGGAUACAUUCUUGCUUCAGCUAAGGCAAUGUGAGUUUUCCUAUACAUCGUCUCUUAAAUCUCUUUUUUGCUCCCAUUCUCUUCUUCACUAGGGACUUGAUGUCAAUAUUUGUGGAGAAAUUGUCUAGUAUGUGUGAACCGUGGCAUUUGUGAAAGUUGGAAGCCUGCUGAUGUUCUUGGCAGCAUUAGAACUCCAGAAAUUUUUCAAGCCUAUGAGCAAAAACAGGUACAGUGCUGACGUGAGAACCAAAGAAACCGUGCAUUUGCACUCAUAUCAUUUCUUGUCUGUUACUGGGUUGUUUCAGAUUUCUGUAAGGCUGCGAUUUUGAGGCAGGUCAUAAAAUUAAGUCAGGUAGGGCAAAGGAAAUGUUCUUGUAUCUACUUGAUGUAAUAUUUGAUUGAUCAACAACUCCAUGGUAUCGUGCCUAUCUUGUUUGUCCUUUAUUCCAUAAUUCUAUCUGAGUUUUGUUGA